CUCAUAAGUUGUCAUGUAUACAUACAUUUUAAUUGGUUUUUCAUUGUGAAUGCUUAUUUAUAUUAGACCAUCAUAGGAUUUGCUACUGUCAUUUCAUUCUCUCCUGUAGUCUUGGCAACGACCUAAGGUUCUAGGAUCAGUCACACAAAAAUGAUCAUCAAACAGUUAUUGCUGUUCAUUUUUACCUUAGACACGAUGUGUAUGAUUAUUCCUGUUCUAUGUGGAAAUAAAAGAAUUAAAAUAUUUAUUCCAGAACAUAUUAAACAUGUUCACCACCAUCAUGUGAAAAAAGUGCCUGUUUAUAUUGUGACUAAAGAAAAACCAAGAGUAAUGCACGCUUCACAUAUUGAAGAAGACUACGAAGAUGGAUACAGAAAAUCACCAAAACAUAAGUCCCAUCCAGAGUAUGACGAUGUAGUAAUCCAAGGCAUUUAUAGAGGAGACGAGAGUCAUAUCCACGAAGAUGUCGAUAAUAACAACUAUGAUUACUCAACAGGAUUGCCACAAAUCAAAUCAAUCAAACCAAAGCUACCAUAUAUGCUACAAAAGAAUAAUGGAAAAAAAAAGAACUCGUCAUACAAUACUGUAACUCGUCACAAUAGGUUAAGAUUGUAAGAUUAUUGAAUUAAAUAAAUAUGUUUUAUUAUAAGCCUAGUUUAAAGUCAAAUAGUUUAUUAAGUAUAAAGCUUUAAAAUAUAAAUUAAUUAUAUUGCUGAACUUAAAACUAAAACCUAUUCACUUUAAAAUAAUAUAUAGGUACAUAAAAUGCUGAUUUCUAAUGUCGUUCCAAAACAAUCUUUAUCUUUAAAAUGAACACUUCUUUUUAUAAUUAGGUAUAUAAUUAUUAUAAUUAUAAAAAAAAAAUAAAAUUAUAAAGCUUUACUACAAAUUAUCAAUA